AUGGCCAACGCCGGCCACAACCCCAACAGCCUGAUAAGCUACGGUCCAAAUGAAAACUGCACCCUGACACCCGGUCCGCAAUACUGUCCGGCGAGCGUGGGCGUCUACGAGUACCGCCCCUCGUUAGCCGCAGACAGCGUGUUCAUCGCGCUUUUCGCCAUCGCACUGGUCAUCCAUCUGGGGCUGGGGAUCAAGUACAGGACGUGGGCCUUUUUGUUUGCGAUGUUCUGGGGGUGCGCCAGUGAGUUGAUUGGGUACGGGGGGCGGGUGCUGAUGUGGGAGAAUCCGUUCUCGUUUCCGGGCUUUUUGAUCCAGAUCAUCUGUAUCACGCUUGGCCCAGCAUUCUACUCAGCAGCCAUCUACCUGACCUUGUCGAAAAUUAUCAUCUUCCUCGGUCCCCAGCAUGCACGCUUCUCACCAAAGCUUUAUUAUUGGAUCUUUAUCCCCUGCGACCUUCUUUCCUUAAUCCUGCAAGCGGUCGGUGGAGCCCUAUCGUCUGUUUCCUCCGGAAGUAGCAAACCCGCAGUGGACGUCGCCAUCGCGGGUCUCUCCUUCCAAGUCUUCACGCUCUGCGUCUUCAUAUCCCUCGGUAUAGAGUUCACGAUCCGCUAUAUUAGGGCGCCACGGGAUCAGCAACGGAAAACGCCCUUGCCAACGAGGUUCAAGGUAUUCAUGGCAUGCUUGUCAUUAGCAAUCAUCUGCAUCUUGAUACGAUGCGCGUACAGGAUUGAUGAGUUGAGUGAUGGGUAUGAUGGACCGUUGAUCCAUAACGAGCCGCUAUUCAUUGGGCUUGAGGGAGUAAUGAUCGUCCUUGCUGUCUACUCGCUUGUGAUCGCACAUCCUGGACCGAUAUUCGGACACUCAGAUGCAAACACUUAUGAAACCGACGUCACCGCUACCUCGGAUGCCUUCACUGAGAAGGCGGAGCCCGGGAUGUCGACUACGCAGCAGAGUGUAUGA